UUUCGUGAGCUUACCUUGGUUGUGGUAAAAGUUUUCUUAGAGUUCGCGCUAGUUGACAUUUAACAAUGUGAAUUGUUACAAGAAAUCAGUUAAUUGUGGGAGUGUUAACAUUUAAAACUUGUAUUUAUUCUAAUUUUAGUUUAAAAAUUUAGUUAAUAGUUUUUGUUGAACAAUUGUUAUAAUGAUGUCUGUGAUUGUUUUAUUAAUACUUUUUGGCCAAUAUGUUAUGAUUCAUGGGGAAUAUAUUCCACCGGGACCUUUAUAUCGUUGUCCAAAAGACUCACUUUUGAUACAUCCAUGUAAAUGUGUCGAAGAAUCGGAUAUUGGCGUAAAAAUUAGAUGCGAAAAUUCUAAUUUGGGUAGUAUGAGUGUUGGUUUAAAUAAUUUAGCAACAUUUAAUUUGCCAAUAGAGGAGUUAACCUUGUAUAAAUGUCAUAUAGCAAGAUUAUUUGGAAGUUUAUUAUACAAAUUACAAUUACGAACACUUUACAUUGAAGACACUCCUAUAGAAACGAUGGAUCAACAUGCUUUUCUAGGUGUCAACAAUACUUUAAAUGAACUACAUAUAUUAAAUUCAAAUUUAAUCGAUUUUCCAAAAGAUGCAUUCAAAAUUUUAGGAAAUUUGACCCUUCUUGUAAUUAAAGGUCAUAACAUAUCUUCUUUAUCCCCCGAUAUUUUAGCAGACAGUGAUUUACCUAGUAGAUUACUAAGAUUCCAUCUCACUGAGGGGCCUUUAUCAUCAAUAGACCCGAACAGCUUACAAUCCAUGAGAAAGUUAAAAACGUUGGAUUUACACGGAAAUCGUCUCAAAGACCUUAAAAGGAACCAAUUUCGAGGCCUUAGGGAAGUCGAGGUGUUGGACCUAAGUCAUAACGGCAUUAUUAAGCUCGAUUCGAGCCACGUCGCCGACUUAAUCAAGAUGGGAUGGUGCAACGUUUCUCAUAACUUGAUAACGGAAAUUGCUAGGGGUGCGUUUGCGAGAAAUGCCGUCUUGAAGGUGCUCAACAUGUCCCAUAAUAAAAUUAAACGGAUCGAUUCGACUACAUUCCGAGGAAUGAGGUUUUUAAGAAGACUUUAUCUUUCCGACAAUUUAAUUGCUGAUGUUGCAAGGGGAACUUUUGCUUCAAUUACGAGGAUUGGAACCGUUGAUUUAGCAAGAAAUUUUAUUAAGAAAAUUGACUACCAAAUGUUUUAUCAAUUACAAGUUAUUGAGCACAUUGAUUUAUCUGAAAACAACAUCACAAUAAUUGAAAAACAAGCUUUUAAAGAUAUUUAUUUAUCUUUAAUAAACGUGUCGCAUAACGCAAUUGAAACGAUUGAAUCAGGAGCUUUUGAAAAUUGCGUAAACAUAACGAUUUUAGAUAUGACUUAUAACAAAAUUAAAACGAUUCCAAAACGAGCUUUCGACGAAACAACUUACGCCACGGAAUUAAGAUUUUCUUAUAAUCUAUUUACGGAGUUAAGUCAAAUUCCGCUUCAGAACAUGACCGGGUUGAAACUUUUAAACGUUUCCCAUAACGAAAUUGUGAAUAUAAGUAAAAAUACCUUCCCGAAGCUUUACGAAUUACACACAAUCGAUUUAUCGUAUAAUAACUUAUCGGACAUAUACAAUUCAGUUUUUCAAGUGUUGUUUUCGCUGAGAACUUUGGAUUUAAGCCACAAUCACUUGGAGAAAUUAAAGCCGGGGACUUUCGGGACGUUGCCUACGUUGCUCGAGUUAGAUUUAAGCUACAAUCGUCUUAAGGAUAUUCCUAGAAGCGCCUUAUCGAAGUUAGCCAGCACGCGAAAGCUUUCCCUUAAGGGAAAUAAAUUAAACUCCUUGUUCAUUCUGCCGAUAUCCACAUCGCAUUUGGAUCUUAGUUAUAACGAGUUCAAAGAGAUCCCACCAAAAUUAUGGCCGAGUAUGAAUUCCCUACUCAGUCUCGAUUUAAGCAAUAAUUAUAUCGAGGAUAAUCUCGUGAAAGGAAGCUUUUUGGGAUUAUUAACUUUACAAACUCUUAAUUUGAAUUAUAAUGGAUUAACGAAACCCCCUUGGGAAGCACUUAGCGAUUUUACAUCUUUACAAUAUUUAUUCUUGGAAGGUAACAACAUAACGAAACUGGAAAAAUCGGCUUUUGGUGUAUUACCGGUUGUAUUCGAAUUAAAUUUGGCUCACAAUCAGAUUGGUAACGUUAGCGAAAAGGCUUUUGGUGGUCUCUUGCAGAUGCUCAAGCUGAAUCUGACACAUAACAAUUUGACGUACAUCCCUAACGGCGCCUUUCUGGGUUUGGUUGCGCUGAAAACUUUGGAUUUGUCGUUUAAUAAAAUUGAAAAAUUGGAUAAUAAAACGCACGGGUUAUUGGACGAUUUGUUAUCUUUGGAACAUAUAAAUUUAAGUAACAACAAAAUUAGUUUUAUUUCAAGAAAAACGUUCCCAAGUAAUCCUUAUUACCCAUACAAACUUUACGAGAUUGAUUUAUCCUACAACCACAUGCCAAUAAUUACUUAUGAUCUCAUAUUCGGAACUUCGAAAGUAAAAAAAUUAAACAUAUCCCACAAUGCCAUCGGUGAUGUCAGAAAAUAUGUGCUUGGAAACCUCACCAGUUUACAAAUCCUUGACUUGUCCUAUAAUAAAAUGAAUGAUCUCAUGGAAGAGGACGUCUUCAAAUUACCACCGAAUAUGACUCAGCUUUAUUUACGGAAUAAUUUGUUGGGUAGUUUACCUUGGAAGGAAGUGAAUAAGCUGGAAUUGUUGGAUUUAAGAUUUAAUAACAUCGAAAGCAUUAAUUCUGAAUUAACUAAAUUGAUUGUGCAAGAUGCUGAUGUAUUUUUAGAAGGAAAUCCAAUAAGUUGUGAUUGUUUCGUACGCCCAUUUAAAAGGUACAUUUCAAAAUUGUUAGAGGUGAAAGAAAUUUAUAAACCAAUUAAAUGUCUUUCCCCGCCAUUUUUGUAUGAAAAAUUAUUAUACGAAGUUCCUGAAGAAAAAUUAAAUUGCCCAUCUAACGUGAACACAACAAUUUUAAUGGAAGGAAAUCCUGGAGAUUACGAAAUAACCCCCGAUUUAAGAUUUCGGGAAUUUAAUGUUAAAGAGAAAAAGCUUCGCGUGAAAUGGCGUGUUAUGAAAAACGAGGACAUAGGGGAUACCUAUUUAGUCGUUAGAAAAACCAAUUCGCCGAGUACUGUUGUUUUCGAAGCUACCGUUCCCUAUUUUCAACGUAGUUUUAUGUUUGACAAUAAAUGGACCAGAAAAUUUCUGGGCGAACGAAUCGAGAACGAAGUCUGCUUAAUAGCUUUGGAUAGCAAAUCUAUUGUGCGAAAUUUAUAUCAAGAACAAUGCAAAGGAGUUAUUGAAAGUCGCGGAAAUGCAGUUGUAAUUAAUAAUGUUGUGAUAUUACAAGUUGUUUUAGUAUGUUUCUUUAAGUUGUUUUAAUUAAAAUAAAAAUUAUUGUAAAUGUGA